GAGAAAGAGAGAGCCGUUGCCGACCGAUAACUCGCGACUAGGUUCGGGGAUCCGUAAAUAAACGCACGAGUCUCUUCCCUUUUUUUUGUUGUUCCUCGAGUUCACCCUGUGACGUGUCGGCGGGAAAGACGCGCGGGCGUGGCUGCGCCGAGGGGUGCGUGCGUGCGAGGUCGUGGUCGUGAUCGUGCGAGCGGUCAGCUCGCGUCAGCGUCGUCGACCAUAGUACGGACGUACCGAGUCGAUGGUAGCAUCGACGGGGACGACGGUUGUACGGUGAGCGUCAACCCGGCCCGGCCGACUACGCCAUCAUCAGGCUGCUACCGCCACCGAGAAGGCAGGAGGUCUCGCGUGCCAGUACACACCAAUGGUUCAGCUGGGAUGCCGGCCAUGGAAUCUCAGUCUGACGAGCGUGAUCAUCCUGGCGCUGUCGAACAUGCUGCUGACGUUCCUGCUGCUGCAAUCGGAGACUUGCGCGCCGGAAGCGGUACCACCGCGGGAAGUGGAGGUGAACGCCGUCACCGAAUGGAAUCUCGGCACCCUCGUCAAGCACGAGCAACAGUCGGAAUGCAUCACGCAGGAUUACCAGCCCGCGUCACCUGAUUCUAACAGUCUCAAGCUGGACAUUAAGCUCGGCAGAUGGGACGCCCGGCGGAUUUUCCGGACGUUCGACUCGGUGCUGGUCGGCAGCAGGUUCACGGAGCUCUCGCAGACUUAUCGGGUGUGCCUGGCCACCCAGAGCUCCGUGGAGAAACUGCACUCGUUGGUGCAAGUCGCCCUGCACUGGACCGGACCGAUGUCCGUGGCGCUCUAUGCCGCCGGUGACGAGGAAUUCGAGGUGCUGCAGCGUUACCUGGUGUACCUGAGGAGGUGCUACGAAUCCAUCAGAGAGAGAGUGAUCUUCUCUCUGGCCGUGCCGAGGAUGCGUACACCCAAGAAGCAGCCGCGCGUCUUCGAGCUGCCGAACAUUGUCGAUUGUGCCAAACCGGAGGCCACCCUCAACGAGCUCAUGAACCGCGUGCCCAACGAGCAGACCAAUUGGCGGAUACGGAACGUCUAUCCGCAGAACCACAUGCGGAACCUAGCGCGCAAAAACUGCCAGACGGACUAUGUGUUUCUAACGGACGUCGACAUCGUCCCGAGCUUCAAUCUGACGGUCGUGCUCGACGAGUUCCUUAGGAACGACAACUGUGAUAAGUGCGCCUACGUAAUACCCACGUACGAGUUGGAUACACGUGUGCGAUUUCCGCCAAAUAAGACGGAGCUGAUCAGGCUCGCUAGGAAAGGUUUGGCCAGGCCUUUUCACCAGAAAGUCUUCAUACACAAUCAGUUUGCCACGAAUUUCACAAGGUGGUUGCAAGACGCGUCACCGAACCAUAUACAUUACGAAAAUGUAAAGACAGGUAAGGUCUACAUUAGUCACGACGUGACGAAUUUCGAAUUCCUUUACGAGCCGUUUUACGUGGCGAAGGAUAUCGUGCCGCCCCACGAUGAGAGGUUUAUGGGAUACGGAUAUACGAGGAAUACCCAGGUACGCGAUAUUUCCUAAGAUACAUAGCUUCUCUUUUUUUUUUCAAGUAGUUUGCACUGCACUCGCUAUCCGCGUGACGAAUACGUUAGCAACGGCGUGGAAUCGAAAAUGCAAUUUCGUUCUCGAGCGCGAGAUAACAUAAAAUGGUAUAAUUCGAAAGUUUACGUUCGAUCUGAGGUGGUUGAUGAUACACGAAUGCAAUUUCUUCCGCUAAUGUGUGAAAAUACUCGUAUACGGGGAGAUAAGUGUAGAGGAUAUGUAGCAAUAUGUACCAGAAAAAAAACCGGCGGUUAUAAAUUAUAGCCAUUAUUUAUGAAAUGUAUCGAAUCAAUUAGUAACGAUAUCGUAGAACAGUUUGAAUAAAAAAUGCUCCCGCGGCAACAUUACGCGUCAAUAUCCUCGAUGGGAAAGCGAGAAUGAAUGAUGAAAGGAACAUAAAUGGCUCAGAUCUCCGAAUGUAUCCAUGAUAAUUGAACACGUGUGCAUAUCGCAUACGUAAUAUGAGUGUGUAUUUCAUCAAGCGCGACUGGUUUAUUCCAACGUCGGGGAGAUGAAAAAAAAAUGUUACAUCGAAAAUUAAUAUACCUUUCGGGGUAUUAGUAGGAUUAGCGGAUAAAUGGCAAUAAUGGAACCGGCAGCUACCUGGCCAUUACUACGUUUCUACACUCCUCUGUAAAUAGUCGGCAUAAAUUACACUAAAAGAUGUAUAUUUUGGGAUAUUAACGGAUAAAAGCGCGGAAUACCCCGCAUAUACAUAUUUCCGCGUUUCAUCAACCAAAAGAGAGAGAGAGA